AUGCAUGCGAGAAGAGUAAACGUUCCUCUCUUACCGAUUCGAGCGGAUCAUGUGGGCACGAUCAUUUGGAACAAGAAAAACGUGUUCGGCGAGAAAUUGCCAAUAGUAAUGAACGCCGGCGAAUGCAGAGCAUUAAUGCUGGUUUCGAUUCCCUUUCGGAUUUUACUCCCGCCUAUGCAGGAUGGUGAGAAAAUGAGCAAGGCCACUAUUCUUCAACUUACAGCGGAAUAUAUUAACAACCUCCUUCAUCGAGUAAAUCUCCUCGAACACGAAAUCGCUGCAUACCGGCAGUCUACUGGGAUUCAGCCGGCCACAACGAUUCCCGAGUUCUCGUUGAAUUUACCUGUUCCACGCAAACGAAGGCUAGAUGAUCAACGGAAACGUUCCAGCGGAGUGCGUUCUCGUCGACGGCGUGCGGAAAUUGAUGCACCGGAAAUAAGCCGUCAAGAUUUCCUUCAUUGCUCUCCUACCAGUGCAGAUACUCAUCAAACGUCGCCGUCUAAUUCGUUUAUUGGCAGUGUUUCCGUUUCCCCAACAUCACCGCUUCCCGAAAGUGGAAGCAGCACAUCCGCAAGACUGGAACAUCUGGUGAUGGCCAUUGAACAAAUAGAGGGUGGUCGAGCCUUGAAUGGAUCGCCUGGAGAUGAAAGCCACGAUGAAAGCUUUUCAACAGGAGACCAGUCACCCCCAUUACCUAGUGAAGCCUCUGGCUACCACUGA